AUGUCAAACCUCUUCCGCCGAGCCUCGGACGCCUUCCACCAUCGUUUCGAUCAUCAGCGAAAAGACUCGGCCGAUUCCACGGACUCCUCAAGAGCGGAUCAAGAACAUAUCAAGUCACCGUCCGAGGAACCCGUGGAACCAGCGGGAAAUUCUCACGGGCUUUCCAAGACAGCAGCCGGCAUGAAUGAGUCCAGAGCGAGGGAAACAGAGGAACAUCCUGGAAUGGUACAUGGAGGCCAGAAUCAAGAGGGAUCCAAGAUGGGCCAUCAUCACCACCAUCAUGAUGAUGAUCACCACUGGAAGUUUUUCCGUCGAUUGAGUGGAGCAGGCCAACAUGAUGAUGCUCACCCUUCGACUGAAGCUGGAAAAGGGCCCGAGCGUGCAGAGUAA